GGCCUUGUCUUGUUCUUUUCCAUCCCCUGUCCCCCCUUCAGUUUCAAAUAUAUACCCACCCAAACCCAUUCAAACUUCUAACACAACCACUCAUGGCCACUAUACCCUCCACCCGUUGUUUCUUCGUGUUCUUCGUGUUAUUCAUAUUUUUCAACUCCGUCUCUUCCUCCACUCAAAACAAUUCUCUCCCCUUCACUCUCACUUAUCUUCCGCUCUCUCACCAAUCCGCUGCGGCUAAAAUACGUACUAAUUCGCUCUCUCAACAGGCGUCCUCUUCCGGUUCUAAUCAUCGGUUAUCGUUUAAGUAUUCGCAAGCUUUAAUCGUUUCGCUACCGAUCGGGACCCCACCGCAGGCCCAACAGAUGGUUUUAGACACUGGCAGCCAAUUGUCAUGGAUCCAGUGUCACAACAAAACCCCCACGACGUCGUUUGAUCCUUCUCUUUCUUCUUCUUUCUCUAUCCUCCCUUGUAACCAUCCUAUUUGCAAACCAAGAGUUCCUGAUUUCACCCUCCCCACCACUUGUGACCAAAAUCGACUUUGCCACUACUCUUAUUUCUACGCGGAUGGUACUUUGGCUGAGGGUAAUUUAGUCAGAGAAAAAAUUACCUUUUCUCGGUACCAAAGUACCCCUCCUGUCGCCCUGGGAUGCGCUACUGCAUCCAAGGACGCUGAGGGUAUUUUAGGAAUGAAUCUUGGACGGUUGUCCUUCGCUUCCCAAGCGAAAAUAUCUAAGUUUUCAUAUUGUACCCCUAGACGUCAAAACAAUGCCAAAAUUAAACCGACCGGGGCGUUUUACCUCGGUCAGAAUCCUUACUCAAGCUCUUUUAAAUACGUUAGCGUUUUGACUUUUCCGCAAAGUCAACGUUCGCCCAAUUUUGACCCCUUCGCGUAUACCGUUGGCAUGGAAGGGAUCAUAAUUGGUGCGAAAAGGUUAGACAUACCACGGUCAGCGUUUCGACCGGACGCUGGUGGGUCUGGUCAAACAAUGAUUGACUCGGGAACCGAGUAUACUUAUUUAGUAAACGAGGCGUAUGACAAGAUUCAACAAGAGAUUACAAGACUUGUGGGGUCAAAAUUAAGAAAAGGAUACGUGUAUCGUGGGUCGUUGGAUUUGUGCUUCAAUGGAAAUGCAAUGAUGAUCGGACGGUUGAUAGGGAACAUGGUGUUUGAAUUUGGUAAGGGUGUGGAAAUAGUGAUAAGUAAAGACAGGGUACUAGAUGAUGUGGGCCGUGGGGUCAGCUGCUUAGCGAUCGGACGGUCGGAAAGAUUAGGGGUUCCUAGUAAUAUUAUAGGGAAUUUUCAUCAGCAAAAUCAAUGGGUAGAAUUUGAUAUCGUGAACCGCAGGGUAGGGUUUGGUGGAGCCGACUGUAGUAAAUCAGUGUAAAGAGACGUGUGGUGGAUCAGAGUGUGGUAAAUAUGGUUAUAACGUACAACUGUACAAGUUUUUAUACACUGUGUUAAAUUACCAUAUACAAUCUAGUGAGUGCUGGUUCAGGCACUAUACUGUACUUUUUGUAUAAACAUACGAGUAAAUUUAUGGAAGUGCUGCUUUUGCUUUGUAGAUUUUUAAAA